UUUCAGGACGGAGGAAAUGAGAUGAUCCUUACAAUCAUGUUUGUUGUUGCUGUUUCUACAUAGUACAUUAGUUAAAUCGUGUAAUGAAACACUUGAUUUUAUGUUUGAAAAUCGAUGAGUAAACCUCACGAAGAGAAAGAGUUUGGCGUGUACCAUUUCACAAACAUGUUUUGCAGUCACACUGGGACUUUCCUUGCAGGGCUGUUGGCUGGUGUUGCAUUCUAAGGUAACCAGCAGCAGACAGGAGUGAGCUGCUGGUGUGAAGCGUGCUGCAGGUAACUUAAGGAUUUGUUUACAUGUGUGCACGAGACCUUCAGCUAUCAUGACAGGGUGACACUUGUGCGUCUCCGCCUGGAAUCAGAGCUGGUCCUGCGCAUGCGCAAUACUGCACUCAUUGUUUAUUUUGAAACGGGUGUUCCCUUCGCUUUACCUUAACCAAACAGGCUGUUUCACCGCGAGGAAAGUUUUGCCUCCUCUUCGGAUUGUUGUUAGUUCAGCCUCAACUCGAAUCUCAGCGAUGUUCGAGCAAAAGAUCAAGUUCCUCAACAUCAAUCUGAACGCUCUGAACGAGAGGUGCACUUUCUCCAGUGGUGAUCUGCUAACAGGAAACAUCUCCUUCGAGCUCUCAAAGGAGACCACCGUUACUUCCAUAACGAUGGCAGUGAAAGGAAAGGCGCACGUGCACUGGUCCUCUGGUUCAGGGCGAAACCGGAGGAACUACACAGCAAAUCUGGACUUCUUUAAAUUACAAGGCGUCAUCGUGCGAGGAAACAGCGCUGCUGGUGGGACGAAGCUUCAAGCUGGCACGCAUGUGUAUCCCUUCACAUGUCAGCUCCCGCAGGGAGACUUCCCAACAUCCUUCCAUGGGGUUCAUGGGCAGAUAGUGUACACCUUGACAGUCAGCAUCCACAGACCCUGGCAUCUGUCCAAGGACAUUGUGACCGAGCUCAGCUUCUUGAACCGCAUUGAUAUCAACCAGCCGGUGCUGUCGGCUCCUCUCUCGGGCAGGAACAGUAUGACAGUGUGCUUCCUGUGGUGUGCCUCAGGUCCCAUCACAGUUACAGCCAGCUCAGAGAAAAAAGCCUUCACCCCUGGUGAAACUGCAAAAAUAAUUUGCGACUUCAGCAAUGCUUCGUCUCGACUGGCUACCCCAAAGUUAAAACUGAAGCAGAAACAGGGCUUCUACACCCACAACAGGGUCAGCAGGAGGAUUUAUUUCAAAACCUUGAAUUCCUCGAUCGGUCAGCCCAUCAGCCCUCACACCACUGACGUGCACACUGAGUUCAUGCUCACUAUACCCUCGUCUGCAUCGCUGACCAUCUCUAACUGUGAUAUCCUGGAGGUCGAAUACUUUAUUGAGGUGAGCCUCAAAGUGUCGUAUUCCUUUGAGGUCACAGUGAUGAUUCCCAUCAUCCUGUGCGAUACCCCUGUAGACCCUCAGCCCCCACAAUAUUCAUCAAUAAAUGUGUGCAUAUAGUGAAUUGUUUUCAAUUCAAUAUUACAUACAUGGAGGAAUGCUUUCCUGUCGGGCUACACACUGUAAUAUCUCAGACUGGAGUUUAAGCUCUCAGGGUUUUAGUGUCAGACUGAGCGUUAAAUGUUUACAGCUCAACACACAGUUUGUGUUGGAACUUUAGUUUUGUGAUUUUUUUUUUUUAAGAAUAUGUCUCUUCUUCUGUUUUACUCAUUUUGAUGUUAAUAAGCAGAUUUUAUUCUCUUGCAACAUUCAGGUUUUAUCUCUGUUUAUGUUACUGUUGACUAAUUGAUGUAUCUCCAUGUGUUAUAGUAACUACAGCUGGCCUUACUUUAUUAUAUCAUUGUACCACAACAAACAAAUGUUUACUGUUUUAAAGAAAGAAAACUGAACACUCUGUUAAACACUCCUCCAUGUUUUACUCCUUGACCGCUGUGUGUUCACAGGACCUAUUUGAAAUUGUUGUCAGUGUUGGUUCUCAAAUUAUAUAAAAUGUCAUGUCAGGUUUAAAAGUUUAUUCACCAUGGUGUUUUUGUUAUACAGCAAGUGACUAUUCAGUAUGUUAAAUAUAAGCCAAAGACACAAAGCUUGCUUUGAUGAAACUCUCAUAGCAGUUAAGUGCCUUUAUUCAAUUGCAUGUGUUUUCUCCAUUCACUGUGGAUUAUUGUAGAAUUCUAUCAGAAAUGUGUGCCGUUUCAUUGUAUGACUGAGCAAACUGAAGGAGGGAAAAUAUAUGUUACUGUUUGAAUGUUGUUGCCACUUAAAGAUACCAAAGAUUGUAUUAUCAAUGAGUAUUUCCAAUGUAGAUUGUUACAGUUUGCAUAAGAAAUAUGUCAUUAAAUCAAGUAUGUGUUUGUA